AUGCAGCAACAGCAGUUCUAUUCACCUGCUCUUCAUCAGCAUUAUCAUCACUACCAAACUUAUCCGCCAAGGAUUCAAGAAAACAUGGGAAUUUACGACGGACACUAUGUUUUCUUCCCCCCUCCUGAUCAGACUCCAUUUUACCCUGUUCCGUCAGCUUAUGGCUUCCCAGUUUAUCCACAAUCCAUUCAGCCAGGUUACUAUUCUCGAGAUUUUUUUCUUCCUAGCCCUCUGCAAUACUACUACGGUCAUCCUCCUGCUGAAGCGAUGUACUAUGAUCAGAAUAACAAUUACUAUGUUAAUCAAGAGCAAAACCUCCAAUGUCCCCGGAGCCAUCUUCAAGAAUCUGAUCAGGGACCGGACCUCCUCUCCCGUUUUAGCUUUGCACCAGAAGAUGAGACUGUCAUACUUGAUUUGGAUGCGGAGGAGAACUACCCACUUGAGAACCAGCUUCAAGAAUCUGGUCAUGGACGAAAUAUUCACUUACGAUUGAGCGCGAGCUUUGCACCAGAAGAUGAUACUACUCCCCUACGUGCGUUGGAUGUAGAGUUCGUCAAUGAGGAAGGAAAUCUUGCCAGCGUCACGACUUUGAUUCCUGCUGAUGACCCAAUUGUUGAGUUCCUACAACAAUUGGUUCCAGAAGACAGGAUUAGUAAAAAUAGUGGUUUACUGGAAGCAACCAUCUCAGAGCAUCUGAAAAUCAGAAGUUAUCAAACACUUGCUGAUCAACAACCUGAAAUUUGCGUAGUUUGCCAGUGCGAGUGCGAGAAUGGGGAGACAAUUGGAACUCUAGAAUGCAAGCAUGAGUACCAUGCCGACUGCAUCAAAAGGUGGUUAAUGAAGAAGAAUGUUUGCCCUCUUUGCAAACGUGAAGGAAUUCAACAGAAAAGCUAA